AACCAUUUUGUCGAGAUGAGAGUGCAGGGCGGCCACACACCGCCGCCACUGAGUCAGGCCGCCGCCGCCAACAUGGCCAAGAAAAAUAAAGCCAAAUUACUGGACAACGAAGAUGAUGGAGGGCAGGAGGAGGAGGAGCCAGACUUCAGUGACCCUGAGGACUUUGUGGAUGACAUAACUGAUGAGGAGCUGCUGGGCGACUUGCUGCGGCAGAAACCAAAGGAGACGGAUGGUGUGGAGUCGGUGAUAAUUGUGGAUGGCGUGCCGUCUGUGGGGGCGGAACGACUCGACAAGCUGAAGAAUGUUGUGAGGAAGAUCUUUAAAGAGUACGGGACUUUGAUUAACGAGUUCUAUCCCACGAACGAGGAGGGCAAGACCAAGGGGUACAUAUUUCUGGAGUUCAAGGACAGGGCAGCAGCAGAGGAGGCAGUGAGGCAGAGGAACAAUUACAAGCUAGACAAGCAGCACACGUUUCUCUGUAAUCUCUUCACGGACUUUGAGAAAUACGACAACAUACCUGAGGAGUUUGUCGCACCUGUCCCCGAGCCUUAUAAGGACCUCGGCAACAUGAGCUACUACCUGCUGGAUGAGAAUUGCUUUGACCAGUUUUCCAUCAUCUUCGACGGAGGCACCACAACUGCAAUUUACCUCAAUGCUGUGCCGGAAGCCAUUGAGAUUGCAAAACGAGAGAGAUGGACUGAGACCUACGUUCGCUGGUCACCCCGGGGAACAUACCUGGCUACCUUCCACGGCAAAGGAAUCGCGCUGUGGGGUGGUGAGGAGUUCCGACAGGUGCAAAAAUUCAGUCAUUCAGGUGUUCAGUUCAUUGAUUUCUCCCCUUGUGAAAAGUACAUAGUGAGCUUCUCCCCUCACGUGGACCAGCGAUCGGAGGAACCCCAAUCCAUCAUUAUUUGGGACACUCGGUCUGGGCAAAAGAAGAGGGCUUUCAAUGCUGAGAGACCUCCAAUUUGGCCUGUCUUCAAAUGGUCUAGUGAUGACCGAUACUUUGCAAGGAUCUGGGAGGAGUGCGUCAGCGUUUACGAGACUCCGUCGUUCGGCCUGCUGGACAAGAAGAGCAUCAAGGUCGCCGGGAUCAAGGACUUUAGCUGGUCUCCCACUGACAACAUCCUUGCGUACUGGAUCGCUGAGGACAAAGAUGUGCCUGCCAAGGUGUCCCUGCUCUCCAUACCAAGCAGGGAGGAGGUACGCACCAAGAACCUUUUCAACGUGGCAGACUGCAAGAUGCACUGGCAGAAAUGUGGCGAUUACUUGUGCGUGAAGGUUGCCCGCUACGCCAAGGCAAAGAGAGAGAAAACAGAGGUCAAAUAUUCCGGCAUCUACUACAACUUUGAAAUUUUCCACAUGAGAGAGAAGGGAAUACCUGUGGACAGCCUGGAGAUCAAAGAGAACAUACAGGCCUUUGCAUGGGAACCGGUAAAUAACAAGUUCGGAAUCAUCAGCGGUGAACCCCCCUCAGUAAGCGUGACCUUUUUCCAAGUGAACAAAGGUCAGGCACCCACUGAGCUGAAGAAACUGGAGAAGCGACCUUGCAACAACCUCUUUUGGUCACCCCAGGGGCAGUUUGUGGUCCUGGCGGGGCUGAGGAGCAUGAACGGGGCCCUUGAAUUCAUAGACACCAAGGAUUUCCAGGUGAUGAUGAGUACUGAACACUUCAUGGCCACAGAUAUUGAGUGGGACCCUACCGGACGUUAUGUGGCCUCCUGCGUGUCCUGGUGGGGCCACAAGGUGGACAACGCAUACUGGCUUUGGUCAUUCCAAGGCAAGAUUCUCAAGAGACAGACAGUUGAUAAAUUUUGUCAACUCCUCUGGCGGCCUCGUCCUCCCUCCCUCCUCAGCACCCAGGACAUUAAGGACAUCAAGAAGAACAUGAAGAAAUACGCUGCCAACUUUGAGGUGCAAGAUAAAAUGAGGUACAGCAAGGCGUCCAGAGAAAUUAUUGAGAAGAGACAAAAACAAAUGCAAACCUUCACUGAAUACCGCAAGAAGAUUAUUGAGCAGUUUGAAAGGGACAAGGAACAGAGGCUUCGACUGAGGAAUGGCCAGGACACGGACACCCUUACCUCCAAUGAAAACGAUUAUGAAGAGGAGACUGUUGAGUUUUUGGUGAAGAAAGAAACAGUUUUAGUUGAAGAUUAAACCACCACCACCACCACCACCACCACCGCUUGGGCUUCUACUACUACUACUACUACUACUGCUGCUGUGGUUACUGUUACGGCGGCGGCCAGGCUGACGAGCUCUGAGUGGCAGUGAUUGGUAGUUAGUCUGACAGCUGGUUAAUAAAUAGAGGUUUCAAGGUUAAAA